CUUUUUCCUUUGAUUAAACUCGUUGGAAACAUUGAGCUAGGACAGUAGAUCGACGACAUUACGCUUUGGAAGAUUUACUAAUUCAGCAUGGAUCCCUCUCAAGUGAUCCCAACGUUCUAUCUCCAUUCUAUGCACCGAUGGACGACAGAUGAAAUUACUAGCCUAAGAGAUACGGUUCAUCACAUAGCCCAGCAAAACGCGUCAACUAUCAAAUAUGAUCACAUCAACUUCAUGUUCGUGAUCAACGGCGCAAACCCAAGCAUGCAAAAGCAAGCGAUGGUAGCCUUAAGUGAUUUGCUCGCCAGCAAGUGUCCUGUGCCACCAAACUAUCCACUAAAGCCCUUUCGUGAUAUACCUCAAGAUUUAUCCACACCCGCAGCUUCAUCAACUUCCACAGACGGGUCCUCAGAAUUGCUAAUUGACCUCGAUGCUCUAUCUGUGUCUGUGCCAUCUAUCAAAGCUGAUGAAAAACCUAGGCAUACUAUGGAAUUUCGGGUUGAUGACAGGGUUGAUAAUCCUUUUGAAAUGUAUUACGCGGAUAAGAGACAAAAACUUGAUCUCCCAACAGUGCUCGCCGAAACCUAUUUCUGCACUGCCGAAGUGGUUGCAGAUGGGCGCAUUGUCAAAAUUACAGGCGAUGCAGUUGCCAAUGUCAAUAUGGUCUACCAACAGCUGCAGCUGGCUCAAGAAUAUUUUCUCCGUGCCCCAUUUCGCCUUGACAAAGCCACGCUUGUUUACGGGAGCAACCGCGAUGAGUUUCGUCUUUUCUUUUUUCCAGUUGAGGAGCAUACUUACUAUUCAAAGAUAUUAGCUUAUUUGCCUUCAUCUCUGUCACAGAUGAGCCCCAAGCAAAUGUGUGUCAUUGAAAAGGCUGUUUAUGACGCGUCUCGUGCCACUUGGGUUCUAGCCAACAAUGUCAGAUUACCUUCUCGUGCUCCCAAUAUGCAACCAAAGCUGCAAUCCAACAAUGCCACUAGCGGCGGCACCCAGUCUGGAAGGGGGUCACCUCAGCAGCCUUUGAAUAGAGGAUCACCAUCCCGAGACCAGCAAAACCAAUCCUCAUCGCCCUCACCUUCUCGUAAUUCCUAUUCUCGUGCAUCUGAAUCGCAAGAGACGGGAAGCCUGUCAACCGGCUCUAGUGGCUCUGGGGCAAUGAAAGGCCGUAACACAUUUGAGAAGGAGGUGCCCACACCAUGGUCGUCCUGGAAAGAGUCAUCGCCAACGGUUGGGGCUCCAGCUCAAUCUUCUACCCAAGUGGCUUGGGGUGGAUUAAAUGCAAGUAGGCCGCCAUCAAUGCGACCGUCUUCCUCCAGUCAAGGAGUCGUUCGCCCAGCACCGCAGUUGGAAUGGGCGGCGACCGCUUUCGAAACUCGAGAUGAAGAUGAUUUCCCUUCAUUAUCCGGCCCUUCAAAGGCGGCUCCCAAGCCAGCUUCCAAGUCUGGUAUGCCCAAAUUGCCGCCCGUACGUCAAGUGGGGUCUCCUGGUCUCGGUUUCAACGCACCAAAGCCACAGCCUCAACGAGGUACAACCGAAUCAAAUGCAAACCAACCAACCAGCAGAUCAGUAAAUGGUAAUCUUGUUUUUGGAGAGCGAGAACUUGAAUUCCUCGAGAAUCUCCCUGACUCCAGACCAAAAGAAAGCGAUAGUAAGGGAUUAGAGCAGGCCAGGUUGCGGGACCCAUCUAAGGAAAGAAAGGAUGCCCAGAGGACUUUACGCGUUUUGCCACAAUUGCAAGCAUCACCAGUUCAGUCUAAUCCAGGUUCACAUGCACCUUUAAACACAUUCAACUACGAGAUCAGGCGAUACAAUAUGCGCCGACUCACAGAGUCCAUCUGGAACGGCCUGAAGGAGCUGCGAGGGCAACGCAAGGAAAUGCGACUUGUCGGGCGAAUUGGAUGUGUUAUGUAUCCCACUAAGUCUGGACCUAAUAAGUUCUGGGAAUAUACACAGCUUGAAAACCUCAUUUCUCAACAUCGUGAGCUUCGCCCCAUAUUUUCCCCAAUUGUUACAACCAUCAAUGACAAUGUGAAUAAUCUUUACGGGCUUUUAGGGUCACCUAAGUCAGAAUCUGCUUCUUUCGAGAUUGAAUGUGAUACAAGAACCAACCCAACAUCAAAGUAUACUCGUACGUUGGUGACCAUUCCUUCGACUAUAGCCACUUUAGAACGCGUGGUGACCCCCUGGGAGACAUAUGGUGAGGUGACUUGGAACGCAAUGGACAAACACAUGGACUUUGCGAUUGCCCUUGAAGCGCGCGAAGGGGUUAGUUAUAACACAAAAACCGCUCUCGGACGAACGGACGUCAAGCCUUUCAGUGUUUUCCGCAAGAAGCUUUCAAUUGGCACUCACAAUAGCCACAUUACCUGUCACAAUGUCAAGGAUUUCCUUACGGUCCGUGCUAUCAACUUUAGAGACACCCGAACAUAUGAAAAAAUGGGAGAUUAUGUAACCGUGAUCCAUCGCAUUGAAGAAUUGAACUUGAUCAGAGCCGAAGGUCUUGACACUGUUACAGGCAGAACGGGAGGAUCUGGCAAGAAGUGGUUUGAAUUUGAGGUGUACGAUGAGACGAUUAACCACAAGCUCGUCUCCAAUCUGACUAUGAUCCCAGGAACAGUUGCUGACUGGACUGUUGAAGAUAUCCUUGGGACAGAUCCCAACAACUCUGACAAGCUGGCAUAUUUGGUCAAGGGUAUGAUGACUCUGGUUGACCAUUGUCAUGAAAAAUUUGAUCAUUAAACAAAAAAAAAAAAAACCAAUAGCUUGUGGGCUACGAACUAGAAGAAAACUAGCUGUAUUUAUUAUAAUGAUGUCUAUGGUACAAUAGUCUAUGCAUAGCAUUUCUUUCAACCUUGACUUGGAUCCUGUAAAUGAGGCUGAAGUUGUUGUUGCUGUUGCUGUUGUUGCUGUUGCUGCUGUUGCUGCUGCUGGUGAAGCAUCUGUUGCUGUUGAAGCAAUUGCUGAUGCUGCUGCUGCAGUUGAAAUCGUUGCUGAAAUGUAAGUGGUGAUCCGAAUGGUGCUCCUGGAAGACCUUGCAUCAUGUUGGGGGUUCCUGCUGUUUGACCUGGUAUUCCCAUUG